AGAACCCCAACACGGUCCACGCCGGCGGGAGCAGCGCUGGGACGAGCGGGAACGAGUCAGAUGGUCCGUUUUCGUCAGCUGCAGCUGAAAGCUCCACAGCACACCAUCUUAACCUGCAGGCUGAUUGCAGCUUCGCAGCAACCCUGGAUAGCUUAAAAAAGAGGUAUCGGUAUGUGAUGAAACCCCUACCAGAUAAUUAGAAGCUAUAGCCAUUUUAUGAUCUUGUGUCAUCUCUAUUUCAACAACCUCAACGAGCGGUGAUCUGUGUCUGACAUCUGCAUGUAGCCGAAUGCUGCGGGAGAGGUUGAAUUAUCUUUACGUGAUACCCUCGGUCGUAGUCGUACAGGUCAAUCAUUGCCCUUUUUUCUUUGUUUUUUAGGUCCAAGCUUCCGCGUCCGAUGCUCGGCGGCGCGAGUGUGCACUCAAAUGCGGAACGCAUGCGGACCGCACGAAUGUUUCACCCAGACGGCCUGGCGUCCUCUUCAUCUUCCAGCACAACGCCUUCGCGAAUGGCCGCCCAAGCCUCCCUCCUCGACCCGAAAGACCUUCAGACGGAGCACAAGUUUCUGCAAGACCUGUGGCACCUGCUCCGCAUCGGCGACCUGGCCGCUGCGUUCGAGCUCUGCGCGGAACAGAAGCAAUUCUGGCGUGCCGCGGUCUUGCAGG